AAUACGACUUUAAUAUUUAAAAUGCAUAAAUGGGUAUUAUGAAAAGCCUUUUUAUGAGUGACAAGAGGACAUCUGCUGGCAAAUAACGUUAUCUGGGCUUCCGGCAACAUGGAUGAAAUUGUGACAGACAUCGUAGCUCCAGAAGAUUUAAAGAGAUUUGAGAAAAAAUACAACUCAGAAAUGGAAAAAGGACCUGUAUCCAAGGAAACCAAAUUUGAGUAUGCAUGGUGUUUGAUCAGAAGUAACCACACCAAUGACAUCAGGAUAGGCAUUCAGCUGUUGGAGGAGCUGGUGCAGAAAAGCCCAAAAGAUGACCAGAGAGACUUCCUGUUCUACUUGGCUGUUGCAAACUACAGACUCAAGGAGUAUGAGAGAGCUCUUAAGUACAUUCGCAUUCUGCUGAGAAAUGAACCCGGAAAUAAGCAGGCCAUUGAGCUGGAAAAGCUCAUCAACCAGGCCCUAAAGAAAGAUGGCUUGGUCGGUAUGGCAAUUGUCGGAGGUAUCGGUUUGGGUGUGGCUGGAUUAGCAGGACUUAUUGGAAUGGCUGUGGCCAAGUCGGCCAAAUCGGCCAAAUCGGCCAAAUCUUGAUAGAGAAGUGGGCAUGUAUAUUGAUUUGCCAAGUACUACUUCCUUCUUUCUUCACAGGCUUGUUUAAUCACAAAUGACUGUAGGAGACACAGGCCAUUUAUAGACACAGAACUUCACACUGUCAAACAUAAUUUUUCCUGCUUUUGACCACAAAUAUGCGACCUUAGUUUGACAGUUUUCCCACAUUUUAUUAAUUUACUAAAGUCAGGCCUUUGGUACACUAGCUGUUGAUUUAGGAGAUAUGUGUGCAUGAUUUCUCUUCCCACACAUUUGGUAAAAUAAGGAAAUUCAAAUUCCAGAAAACAUUUAGCUGGUUAUUAUGAAGAUUAACACCUUACUACAGAGAUUUGUUUCUUUGUAUCAGUGACUAUUUUUGUAAAUCAUAUAAUCAAACUAUAUUCUGUGUGUGAGUUUACAUGGGUUUAAAAUAGAGCUUUUAGAAUUGUAUAGUAUGAUUGCUGUUGUGAUCAGAUGUUUCCAUGUGCUCUCAUGAAGACAUGCUGCCAUAUAUGUAUUUGUGAUCUCUGUGUCUGAGUAUUCUAAUGGUGGCCUAUGGAUUUUUUUCUAAUAGGAGAUUAUGGAGUUUCAUGAUUAAUUGUAUAUGAUCAUAUAUUCAGUUACCUGUGGUUUUCAUAUUGCAGAUAGUGAGUUUCAUAAUCGAUUGCUCCUAUUCUUACAGAGGUUGAGGACACUUAGAAAUUGAAGUCCUGUUAUCAGGAUUCAGUUAAACAAUCUCCAGCUUGAAGAAUAGGAGCAUGCCAUUUGUAUAGAAUGCCUGCUUGUAGUUUCACAACUAAAAGCUGUCCUUGGCCUCUGUUAAUGUGCUAUUUUAAGCACCUGAGCUGAGGUAGGAUCAGACUUCACCAGUCUCUGCAAAUAUUAUGACCAGGAGCUCUAACAAACAGAACUGAUCCCAGGUCAGUAUAUAUAGCUCGAAAUUUCAUGAGAAUCUGCCUCCAACUUUUUUUUUAUUGUGUGUGUGUGUGUGUGUAAAACCUAUCCUGAGGUACUCUGCUCUGAGAGUUUCGGUCAUCCUGAAUUAAAAUAGUAGUAGGCCUUGAAAGAAACAAAUGAUAUUUUUAAUGUUUAAUGUAUAAACAUAUACUCAAACCAUG